AGUGCGCAUGCGCUACCAGCACUGUCAACAGAGAUGGCGCUGCUUCAAGGAGCUCUGCGUUUAAACCUGUUAGCUAACAGGCGAAAUUUCUUCAAAUUAACGUCUUUUGUCGGUGUCCGGUCGUUGUCCGAAAAUGUGUCAUCUAAACCAGUCACGUCUAGUUCCCCAGAGGUCGCGGGCGAUCACGUAAUCUACACACAAGAGCACUUUGCAUUAAAGGAGUCCCUCAGAAAGCUUAUCGACCAGGAGAUCAACCCAUAUGUGGAGCAGUGGGAAGCAGAAGGGAAGUUUCCAGCCCACAAGGUCUUCAAGAUCUUAGGAAGCGCCGGCUUUCUAGGAGUCAACCGACCAACUGAGUAUGGAGGCUUGGGACUUGACUUCAGCUACAGUGUAGCAGUGGCAGAGGAGCUGGGUCACAUCCGCUGUGGAGGCAUCCCCAUGGCCAUCGGCGUACAGACUGACAUGGCUACUCCUGCACUGGCCAGGUUCGGCACAGCUGAGCUCAACAAAGAGUUCCUCCUUCCGACCAUUAUGGGGGACAAAGUGGCCUGCCUUGGAGUUAGUGAACCUGGAGCUGGCUCUGAUGUCUCAAGUAUCAAGACCAAGGCUGUAAGGAAGGGGGAUGAAUAUGUGAUAAAUGGUGGAAAGCUGUGGAUUACCAACGGUGCCCAGGCUGAUUGGAUGUGUCUUCUUGCCAACACCAGUGACGGGCCUCCUCACAGGAACAAAUCUCUCAUCUGUUUGCCCAUGAACCUGCCAGGAGUACACGUUGCCCGAAAGAUUGAUAAAAUCGGCAUGUGGUCAUCGGACACAGCUGAAGUGUUUUUCGAUGACGUCCGUGUUCCCUGUAAGAACAUCAUUGGCGAGGAGGGAAUGGGCUUCACCUAUCAGAUGCUUCAGUUCCAGGAAGAGCGGCUCUUUGCAGUGGCCAGUGUUUUGCCCACAAUGGACACCAUCAUUCAGGAAACCAUUCAGUACACACGGCAGAGGAAGAUCUUCAAUCAGCCUGUCCUUUAUCACCAGGCAGUUCACUUCAGGUUGGCUGAGCUGCAGACCGAGGUCGAGCUGCUCCGCUCCCUCCUCUACCAAGCCACAGCAUUGUACAUUAAAGGCAAUGAUGUCACCAAACUGGCAUCUAUGGGCAAACUGAAGGUGGGGCGGCUGGCCAGAGAACUCAGCGACGGCUGUCUCCAGUACUGGGGAGGAAUGGGCUUCACUAGGGACGUGCUGGUCAGCAGAUUUUACAGGGAUUCCAGGUUAAUUUCAAUUGGUGGAGGGGCUGAUGAGGUCAUGCUGGGGAUCAUCUGCAAGUACAUGGAUACGCUUCCCAGGAAGUAAUAUGCUUGUUUGAGAUCAUGUGUGCCUCGACAGGAAAACGGAUGAGAGCAGGAGGCUGUAGCAUUGAGUGGAGUUGAAGGUAGGCAGUUAGGACAGACAGUCUCCAAUAGCUUUCAAUCUCUAGAGAGACUUACGGUAACACAACUUAUCAUGAUUUAAUGAAGUGCUAUCAGACACAUCAGUUUUUAAAUCAAUCAGCUGAUUAAUUAGCAGACAUUUUUGUGUUGUUCAGUCCUUUAAGAAUGAAAUCAGUUCUGCAGUCGACUACAGUUAUGACAUAUUGUAUGCAGUUUAUCUGUAAUAUGAAUGUGUUCGACUAUGCUGUCCAGAUUAACCUUUGAAAUCGGAUGACAAAAGUCUAAAUCUCGAAUUCAACUAAAGCGAAAAGAAGCUGUGCAGUUGCUGGAGAGCAUCUGCAGCUACGUUGAUCUCACAAUGUUAACGUUGCCUUAAAUCAGAUCAAUUUGGACAGCAGUGAUUAGUUUUACAAAGGUCUGCCUCAUUUUCAGGAAACAGUGUCAUCAGUUGUAACUCCAGGCACUUAAGUGCAGUUCUGUUUAAAUGUUUUGUCCUCUUCAUCACCGAUUGUUUCAACAUUGUCGUAUAAGCUCGAGCAGACAGAAUGAAGCUUGUUUGUUUUCUUUGCCUGUCUUUACAAAUAGGAAUGACCAUUGCACAAUUUUGGUGUACUAUACCUUAAUGGGUUCUUUUAAAUAGCAGUCAUGCUUUAAAAGCUUGCCAUAUUUUUUCAGAAUAAAAAGUAAUGUAUAAAAAUGUUUGUUGUGUAAAAUAAAUAUCCAGCAGAUUCUCA